UCCGUUUUUACAGACAUGGCGGUGAUAUGGAAAGGGCAGGGAUUCAAGUAAAAUCACACGCAAAUGGAUAUGACUGUGAAAAUAGCAAUGACUCUCCAACUGAUUCGUGCGUGUUGGCUGUGGUAACAGAGAACUAUCUCCAAGUGCUGGAAAAUUAGGAAAAGAUUUCAGCAAGUCUAUUGCCAUCUUCCGUUAGUCUGAACCAUUCCGAUAGUGAUCAGGAACUACCCAUUGACGAAAUGGAUAGACUAAAUAAGACAUAUGGGAAAAACGACACAUUUGUCGUGUCUCCCAUUCAGGAUAUACCCGUGAAGGACACGGGUUUUGAGUACACGCCACAAAGGAAAAGUGUGAGGGAGAAAUCCAGGAGUCUUUCAGCCACAUCAAAACUCUCAGACCGUCUGCGUUUUGAAAAAAAUAAAUUUGCAAGGCAACAUAUACCGCCCUUGGAUCUUGAUCAAAUUAACAUACUAUCCGAAACAAGACGUACUGCUGAUCUUAACGAAAAUCAGAACUCUGCUUUUGUUUCUUUUUCAAGCGCUGAACAAGUUAAUCCGUCGGCCGCCAGCUCAAAAGAAAGACACGGAUCAACUGUUGCAGGCUGCCUGUUCAACAUGUGGCAGUCUCAACGCAUGUGCGAUAUAAUACUGAAAGUCGAUGGCCACGACUUUCCAGGCCAUAAGCUCGCUCUCGCAGCACAUAGUCAAGGCUUUGCCAACAAGUUUUGUGCCAACAAGAAUACCGCGGACGUGGCCCAAAUACCCGUUCCCAACUGUUCCUUUGAAGCUGCGCAGGAGGUGAUGCGAUACGUCUACACAUCUGAGAUCAACAUCACCCUGCAAAAUGUAGACUCUGUUCUCUCUUGUGCCAAAUAUCUUGGCAUCACGGAUGUGGUGGAACAAGGCAAGCGGUUUCUGUUGAAUCACUCUAUCCAAGAGGCCCUGACGGUCAUGAAAAUCUCCCGCAAACAUGAACUGCUAGACAUCUUUUCGAACGUUUACGAUUAUGUUUGUCUCAAUUUCAACAAAGUGGCAAAGACAGAUAGUUUUCUUCGUGCACACCACACCGACAUGUGUCAUCUCCUGUCUGACGACAACCUCUGUGUACAGAAAGAACUGGAUGUCUUUUUUGCCGCCACCAGAUGGUUGGACUACAACAGACAGGAUCGGCAACAGUAUGUUCAAGAUAUUUUGUGCUGCAUUCGCUUUUCCCACAUUACUCCCGAGGAGAUGGUCUCUCACGUCGAACCUAAAGCCCUCCCGACCGAGGAUUGCAAAGACCUCUUGAUGGGCGUAUUCAGAUACCAUGCACUGAGGUAUAGCGGAAGUCAGCUGACGGCAUCAGAGCGCGUCCUCCCUGAACGACAGUAUCACCCAAACCGAGACAGCGAGGGCAACAACAGCCCUCUCGGCAAACGCAAGUCACUGUUCCAGCCCAUCCCCACGAAAGAAGAUCAGCAAACCCUCACGACAAGCUUCAACAGGGCAAACGGUUUCGUUUCUACCCCACUCGUAGGAUUGAGCACAAAAGCCAGCGUGCACAACCAGCCCCUCCCUCCCCGGCCCCCACUGAUGAUAGCCAGUGGAGGGGUCAACCCCUUUCGGACCGUGGAUGGAGACGCACCCUGUCGGCUAGUGGAAGAGUUCAACCCGUAUACCAACACCUGGGGCUUGUUGACCCGAAUGCCGGAUGCAAGGCACCAUCACGGGUCGGCGGUUUUAGACGGCCAGAUCUAUAUCAUUGGUGGGUCAUUGGUUGAAUGUAGCGACCCCGGGGAUCUGGCAAACCCAACCAACACGUGCUACCGCUAUGACCCAUACGGGAACUACUGGACAUGCGUGGCUUCUAUGUACCACAAUAGGAUGUACCACGGAGUUGCCGUUCUUGGCGGAGUCCUGUAUGCCAUUGGCGGUCAGAAUGAAUUUGGAGAGAGUUUGCCAUAUGUGGAAUUCUACAACCCUGACACCGACACGUGGGGCGGUGCCUGCGCCAUGACGGAAGCAAAGAUAGGAGCGGCGGCGGUUGGACAUCGCGGCCUCGUCUACGUCGUCGGAGGCUUCCUGGAAACCGUGGAUGAGAAGGUUGUACUUGGCACGGUGGAAUGUUACGACCCGAUGAAAAAUAGAUGGUUGGGCAAAAACCCACUUCCGGGUCCCCGAUGCCACGCCGGUCUCGUCGAGGUCAAGGACACGUUGUACCUGGUGGGAGGGUCAACCUUCUACGAUGACAGUGACGCCAUCACCAGCCUCGAUGCCAUUCUUCGUCUUGACGACGACCACGACCGCUGGGACCGUGUGCAGACACUCCGAGUGCCUCGACACGACGCCGGUGUUACUGCUAUCGGCACCCAAAUAUACAUAGUUGGGGGAGUGACGUCAUCAGACAACCAUGCACUGGCUGACGUCGAGGUGUUUGACGUGGCAACCUGUGAUUGGCUGGACGGCACAGACUGGCUCACGCAUGCAGCAUUGGGUAUCUCUUGCUGUACUCUUGAUGCCAACAACGAAUCUUAAGAUUCGAAAUCAAAUUGCAUGUACAGCAUUGUUAACCUUAUAACAUUUAUGUUUUAUUUACCUUUUUUAUUAUGUUGUGAUAGAAAUAUACAUCAAACAAUGAAAGGAGUGUUUUCUUAAAUAUACGUCUAACGGUUUACCUUAUUUAUACAAUAUAAGGAAUACAAAUGUUUGCUUAUUAAUUUGUAAACUAUGAUUUCUAUAUUUGGUGAAUAACCUUCAUAUAAAGACCACGGUGCAAUCACAAUGUAAGGAAUAUAAAUUUACAAGAAGUUAGUUUUUAAAAAGAUAUCAUUUUUAACAAUUAUUGAACACCUAUAGUAGUAAUGAUAUAACAAUUUGAGGAAUGUGAAUGAAAUAUAACAACUCAUUUUGCAACAAUGUGUUUAAACAAUUUAGCGAAUAUGUUACACAUAAUAAGAAGAUAAAGUGAUAAGCUGAAAACAGUAUAAUAAGCUAUGCCGUUCUAGACUAUAGGGUGCUUGCUUUUUGUACGUCUCUACAUGAUAUUAAUGUCAACAUAUAUUUUCGGAAUAAACCAUGAGAAAUGAAA